CUUGCGCCGUACCGAUUCUUCACGAACACUUCGUCGCUGUGUUCUGUCGUCGUCGUCAGGAUUUCGCGACAAGUCCGAAAAAUGGCUACUCGGCUGUUGAAACUCAGUAGCGCGCUGCGCUCGUACACUAAUAAAACCAGUCUUGUAAAGACACCGAAACAAUGGCAAUCAACCGCAACAUCUCUGAAGGAGCUGCUUAUCAAUCAGCCAGCUACAAGAGUAACGACUUUGGAUAGUGGAAUGAGAGUUGCCAGCGAAGACAGCGGAGCUGCCACGGCUACUGUCGGUCUUUGGAUCGAUUCUGGCAGUCGGUAUGAAACUGAUGAAAACAACGGUGUCGCUCAUUUCUUAGAACACAUGGCUUUUAAGGGAACUGCCAAACGUUCUCAAACCGAUUUAGAAUUGGAAAUUGAGAAUAUGGGAGCUCACUUGAACGCCUAUACAAGCCGAGAGCAAACAGUAUUUUAUGCAAAAUGUUUGGCGCAAGAUGUGCCAAAAGCUGUUGAGAUUCUUAGCGAUAUUAUUCAAAAUUCGAAGUUGGGCGAAAGCGAGAUCGAGAGGGAGCGCGGUGUUAUCUUGCGAGAAAUGCAGGAAGUCGAGACAAAUUUGCAAGAAGUAGUAUUUGAUCAUCUUCAUGCUGCCGCUUAUCAAGGUACAUCCUUGGGACGAACGAUAUUGGGACCUACUAAAAACAUCAAGAGCAUUUCGCGAGAUGAUCUUGUUAGAUAUGUGAAAAAUCAUUACGGACCGCCCAGAUUUGUACUAGCUGGCGCUGGUGGCGUAGAUCACAAUCAGUUAAUCGAACUCGCUGAUAAACACUUUGGCCGAAUGAAGGGACCGGAAUAUGAUGACAUUCCGGACUACGUUCAAGCCUGUCGCUACACCGGUUCGGAGAUAAGAGUUCGCGACGAUACGAUUCCUCUCGCCCACAUCGCGAUUGCUGUCGAAGGCGCUGGGUGGCCCGAGGCGGAUAACAUUCCUCUUAUGGUCGCAAACACCCUAAUCGGAGCAUGGGAUCGUAGCCAAGGAGGAGGUGUAAAUAACGCAAGCGCCUUGGCUAAAGCUUGCGCGGAGGAAGGCUUGUGUCAUAGUUAUCAGAGUUUUAACACAUGUUACAAGGACACAGGACUUUGGGGUGUAUAUUUCGUUUGCGAUCCUAUGCAAUGCGAGGACAUGACCGCGGAAAUUCAAAAGGAAUGGAUGAAACUUUGCACAUCGGUCACGGAGAAAGAUGUAGCACGCGCGAAGAACAUCCUGAAAACGAAUAUAUUCUUACAGUUGGACGGAACCACGGCAAUCUGUGAGGAUAUCGGUCGUCAAAUGUUGUGCUACAAUCGCCGUAUUCCACUUCAUGAGCUCGAAGCGAGGAUAGAUAGCAUAACUGCCGAAACUAUUCAAAAUGUCGGGAUGAAAUAUAUUUACGAUCAGUGCCCGGUGAUCGCGGCAGUCGGCCCUGUUGAAAAUUUGUCGGAUUACAACAACAUUCGUUCGGCUAUGUAUUGGCUCAGGGUGUGAAUCAUCAUCUCCAACCGCAAAAGUGUCUCGUUAAUAAAUCUUAGCGCAUUAAAUAGAAAUGAAAUAAAACUACAAUAUCUAUGUAUGUUCGCGAAUAAUUUAAUAAAACAACCAUGUGGAUACUUUGUAGAGUGACCGAUCUCUAUGUGGAUAAUGAUUCUAAAUAUAAUUAUGUAAUAUACACAUACAUGUAAGCGUUGUUGUCGAUCUUUCUUUAUACGAGAUUGUAGUUUUAUUUUGCCGUACAUUUACGAAGCUGAUGUUCGUUGAUGUAUUUUCCUGUCUGAAAACAAAAAUAAACACAGUCAAAACUA